CGCAUGCGUUUGCCGGAGGUCAACAUGGAGUCUUAGCUUUAGAGCAUGUACUGUAUAUGCUCUGUACGGCCCGAAUGCGCAGUCCAUGCUCUAUUUUUAUAAUCCAGAUAGUAUACAGAUCAGUGUAUACACCGUAUACACGUUUUUGCAUGUUUACAUACCACGGCAAUGGUUGUUUGUAAAUACAAGUCCGCUGCGAAUAACGAAUUUCUAGAAAGCCGAAGUUAGGCCACUUCUGUUGGUUUUCUGUAUCUUGCGUGAAUAGAAACUGCUAUAAGUUGUAUUCCAGCGAAUCAGGCAAACGGUACAUUUUGCGGGUAUCUUCUACCUGAGGCCAACAAACCGUAGAAAAUAAGUUGUCGUUGGAUGAAAAAAACACCUAAAGAAAAUGGAAUUGCCAGGCUUUAGGGAGUGCGAGGAUGUUCUUGGAUUUACUAAUCAGACUGCAGUCCUGCUGAGUGGAAUGGGAGCUAAAGAACUUGUACCGCAAUUUAGGGAGAGAAAUAUAUCGACUGAAAUGUUAGCUAAUUUAACCCACGAUGACCUUGUGCUACUCGGUGCAAGCCAUGAACUUGCUCAUCGUAUGCUCAAGCAGUUGUCUCCAAUAUUGAGGCGUACCGGUUUAACGGUGUUAACACCGCAACAAAAGUUAGACCAGCUAUUAGAAUCUCUGGAAAAUAAUGGUAAACAUUUAUCACUCAUCAACGCGUUUGUUACGUAUACCAGAUUGCGUCUUAACAAGGAAAAAAUGGAUUCUUUCAUAGAAAUAAACGGUAAUCUGCGCAGUAGCCAAGCUUUGGAAUUGGCAGUUGCAGCAACUAUUUCUGAGAUCGAAGAAGCUCGAUCGGCUCUGCAAGAACUGAAAUUGUUUCUAGAGGACGGAGGCACCUCAAGGAGCACCACUUUUUACUUUGCUACGCUCAGCGGGUUGGGACUGUUGACUUGGAUGUUGUUUAAAACUCGUUUCUAAGUUUUGUACCUACUUGAAACUAUCCAUUUCUACUUUUGUAAUAAAACUAUAACACAAACAAAUAGUUGCAUUACUGUAAAA